UUUGCUUUGUUUGUCAGUCAAUGUAUAAAUAUUGUAGCCUCCAUGUUUUGCCUAGCAGUUAAUUCUAAAUGCGCUCAAGCCAAACGCUUUGGAUUGUUGCGCUGUUCAUGGUUGUAAGCAUGCCAGCUGCUAUGUGUGGACACAAGAGAUAUCGACGCUUGCAUAAGCUGAGUAGAGCAGCUGGCUACAAUGAGGUGCCCGUUUGUGAGCAGCAUCCGAAUGUGAAUUAUCCACCCACUGGUCAGCCGUUUGAUCAAAGCUGUGAGGCUGGCAUUACGCCCUGUCCUGCGCCACAAAAUCCCAACUAUGCGCAGCCUUAUCCACAACCCAACAACAACAUGAUAGUUGGUCAAUGCUCGCAGCAGCAGCAGCCCAUGAUGAUGAUGGACGACGAUGAGCAGCGCAGCUCGGACUUGCGCAAGUUGGUGCAACAUUUGUAUGUGGCACAGGCGCGCGUGCAGCUUGAAGCCAGCGAAAUACACAAGGCGCAGGCUGUGGCAGGCUCAGCGCAGUCGCAGCUGGAGGACUCCGCUAACCAUGUGCGCACCAUUACCGCAACGCUGCACAAUGCGCAGCAGGAAGUCGCUGCGGCUGCAAUACGCGCGCAGAUUGCGCAACUGCAGCUGGCGGCGCAUGAUCAGCUGCUGUUUGCUGCUCGCCAGGAUGUGGAUGCGCUGUCUUCUCAAGUGGUGGGACUGCAGGCAGCGGAGGGCAUUGUGCAGCCAAAGCUUACGGUGGAUUUGCAUGCGCUGCUCGACAAGCUGCGCCAGCCGCUGCAGCAUCUGGAUCGACCCACGCCCGUGCCCAUGAUUGUCAACAUGCCGCCGCUUUACGAUAAAAUGAGUCCCGCUGGCGUUGAACGCAAUCAAAUGACAGUCGCCAUGCCGCAGCAAGUUGCUGCUGCUGUUAAUCCCAGUGAUGCUGCCACCAAUGCCUGGCAGCAAUUCAAUUUGCACAAGCAACAAUCGAGCAAUGCACAAUCGCAACAGGCGCGCAUUGCCGCCAGUUUAAACAACAGCUAAGCCUUUCCUCUCUCUCUAUUAUUUAUAUAUAUUUUAUAUGCUUUGC